AUGCAGCGAUCAAGCUCCCUCGCAGUAGCAGCAGCACUCGGCCGCACCCUCGCCCCUCGCGCUCCCGCACCCGCCCCUUGCGCCCGCCUCUUCUCGUCGUCCUCCGCCUCGCCUGCCCGCUCGACCGCCAACCGCCCCAAACGUGACCCGACCACGUACGGCGUCGGCGGCAGGGUCCCCCGCAAGAACUGGCCCACCCAGGCCACCACCGACACGGCCAACCACCCCUUGUGGCGCUUCUUCCACGACCAGCAGCCCCUCGAAGCUCCCGACAAGCGCGUCGACUACUCGAGUCGCCCCUGGACCGCACCCGAGCUGCGAGCACUCCCCUUCGACCAGCUCCACGCCCUGUGGUACGUCCUCUUGCGCGAGCGCAACGUCCUCCUCACCCAGCGUGAGGAGGCUCGUCGUGUUCGCGUCGACCUCGGCGGCUUCAGCGCCGUCCCGGAAAAGAUGAGGAUGUGCCAGAAGAGCAUGGCGCGCAUCAAGCAGAUCAUCUCGGAGCGCCGCCACGCCGCGCUCGAGGCGGCCGAGAUCCUGCGCGCGAGGGGGGACCUCGAGGGCGCGGACCGGGUCGAGCGGAGCGUCGACGAGAGCGCCGAGGCGCUGCGGUAGAGCUGGCGGGCAGGAGAGGUGCAACGAGGUCGUGUUCGACGACGA